CAUUCCAGCAAGCGUCGAUCCGGGAGCUGCCUCUGACGUCAUUCGCUGAUCGUUUUGGUGGUGCGAAGUGGGAGUUUACUCGAUGUUUUUGAAAAAAAAUAUGAAAUUUUUUUGUGCCUUAACACACGUUUGAAUGUAUUCGGGAAGCUUUAAAUUUCUUUUCACAUCCUUGAUAUGCUGUGGUGUGCUGCAAAACUCAAAUAAUCGAUCUUCUACGCCAUUGCUUGGACAGUUUAAUAGAGAGCUCAAUCAAAGUAAUGAAAUCAACUAGAUUUCUUCCCAGUAAUGAGGUAUUGCUUCUAUCGACCCAUUGUCGAAAGGCAUAGUUUCAAGUUGUGAGAUAAUUCAAUGCCACGUCAGUUGUCUAAGACAUUUAUAUAAUUUUAAUGUUCUGACCAUUUCUUCGGUGGCUGGAUUCCAGAGGAUUCAAAAGUCAGCUGUUCCUUAUCCAGCUAAUAUUGAAAAUUGACUGUUAUAAAUGUCUCAGAACAUCAUAAGAAGAACUAUUACUUUACAUUUAAAUCAUAUGUGUAAAAGAAAUGAGCUGUCCAAGUGGGACUGAUUGGAAAAUUUUGGAACUUCAAAGUAGAUGAAAAAUAAAUUCCAAUCCAAAAGGUAAUAAAUGCUCUCUUAAUGACCGAAAAUUUUCUUCAACCCAUAAAAGCAUUUGAUAGUUGUUAUAUUGUAAAGCUACCUCAAAGAAAACAUUUCAAAAUUCCUGUAUUUGAUCAUAAGCAGCAUUGCAUCAUUACGUAGGAAUUCAUGUACUGUAAAUAUCCAUUUGCAUUAUUUUCAGUUUGUACUGUGAAAUUAGUUUGUUCUCAUGAUGUGCCAUUUUAAAUACUUAAUGUUACAUUGGCUUUUUGAAUAUAUACGCUGAUUGUAUAUUGUUUAACUUACUGAGAAAUGUCAGAGAAAUAUGUUAUGUUUAGUUUUUUUAUGUGUUAGAGUGUAAAGUACUAUCGUUUUCAAAGUUCGUGGGCAUUUUACUAAGAUUUCAAAAUGUUGAAAAAUCCCUCCAUUGGCGUAGAGAUGGCUGUAAAUAUGGCAGACUUGACCAGCCUCCACAUUCCUACCACGCAACCCCACGCUGAUUGCGAACAUUGCCGUGUGUACUUUGUGGACAUAAAAACUCACCAAUUGUACACACAAACUGCGCAAGAGCAGAGGCCCUUUGCAUGUAACCAAUGUGAUAAAAGCUUCACACGCAAAGACAAACUCGGAAACCACCUGAGAAUGCAUUCCGGUGAGUGUCCACACGUUUGUAGCCACUGCAACAAGGCCUUUGCCCGAAAAGAUCAGCUCAACGCCCACAUACGCAUACACACCGGAGAGCGACCCUACGUAUGUAACCUAUGCAGCAAGGGCUACACGAGAAAAGACAAAUUAGGGGCUCACAUGUAUGUGCACACAGGCCUACACCCUUACCACUGUCAGCACUGUGGGAAAGGGUUUGCUUGGAAAGACAAACUAACAAAUCACAUUAGGAUACACACGGGAGAGCGUCCGUUUGUCUGCAAGUAUUGCGGCAAAACGUUCGCUCAAAACGAUAAGCUGACCACCCACAUUCGAAUUCACACGGGGGAACGGCCGUACGUCUGCAAACACUGUGGAAAAGCAUUUGCCCGUAAAGACAAAUUGGGAGCCCACAUGUGUAUCCAUACUGGUGAACAUCCUUACAACUGCCAACAUUGUGGGAAAGGAUUCGCAUGGAAAGACAAAUUAACUAAUCACAUUCGCAUACAUACGGGUGAGCGUCCAUUCGUAUGCAAACAUUGUGCUAAAGCGUUUGCACAGAAAGACAAAUUGACUGUCCACGUGCGCAUUCACACGGGAGAGAGGCCUUUUGUUUGCAAACACUGUGGCAAGGCUUUUGCGCGAAACGAUAAGUUGACGGCCCACGUACGUAUGCACACGGGAGAGAGGCCCUAUGUGUGCGUGCACUGCGGAAAAGCCUUUGCCAUGAAGGGAAAACUAAAUACACACAUGCGCAUCCACACCGGAAAGCAUCCCUAUACUUGCAAUCAAUGCGGGAAGGGGUUCAAUCGCAAAGACAAACUCAAUGCUCACUUGCUUAUACAUUUGGGUGGAGGCUCUUGUGCUGCGCUCGUAGCCAAACCUCUCCUUGCUAAAAUUCCAGAGAUAGCACUACAAGGGCCUCCUGCCAUGCUACCACCACCACCUCCACUACCACCACCACAACCACCAGUUACUGACACAAAGCCUCUUGUUGUUGCUGCUGCUGCUCCUCAACAGUAAAGCACAUGCAGCUGUAUAGUUGCAUUCAAGAAGUUUUUUGUCAUUGACAUAAUUGCUGCAACUCUGUGGUGUCAGUGGAACGUUCCAAAUUCCAAGACGUGGAUUUCGUUGAAUCCUUAAUUUCAUUUGACGUAUGGUUCCAAAGUUGUCUCAGGAGACAGAAUGAAGUUGAGUGACUCACUUUGUAUUCCUUUGCUGUCUCUUGACACAAUUCAAACACCCAGAGGCGACUUGUCACACGGACAGGGCAUGUGAUUAAUCAAAAGCCUCUUUUGUUAGUGCACCAAAUCAACUGGGAAGAAAUCGAAUAUGUUAUGGCAACGAGAUCUGUUGCAAUUAUUGUAUCUGCUUAAUAUUUGAACAAAAUACUAACACUAACUCACUCAAAAUUAAAUUGCAAAAGUGCUUUGAAAAUAAGACAGAAUUGAUUAAAUCAUGUAAAAUAUUUUUUUUUAUUUUCCUUGGUUGUUUUCCAAAAUAAUAAAUGUGUUCUUAAAAGUGCCUGACAAAAGAGGCUCGUAAAUGAAAAAAAUAGAUUUUAAUGAAAAAAAUGUGAGUUUAAUAUAUUAAAUGUAUUCAAAAUUAAAAGAUCCUGUACUCUUUAAGUGGUAUGGUUUACUAAUGUGUAAAGCCACAAGUGAAAUUGCAUCUAGACUGAAGGAAUUUACUUUCAAAGUAAAUUUUAGGCAUUUGAUUAGAUUUACAUUUGUUAUGAGAUUUUUCUCUUUUAAAUUUGAUCAUAUAUUGUUAUUUCUAGUUACAGUUAAAACAAUUUGUUUUUGCUUGUACACUUUAAACUGUGUCGCAAGCUGUAUGUGUAUGUAAUAUAAUAAAUGAAUCAAUCAAAAGUCUGAGUUUUUCUCUCGCAUCAUUUAAAUUGCACAACAUAUAAGAAAAAAUCACAUAACAUCAGUGAUGAUA